AUGUUGUGCCGCAGCCGCUGGCGCCGCCUGGCGCUGCCGCCGGCACCGAGCCCCGGGCCCCGGCGGGCGGGCAGCGGGGCGGCAGCGGGCUACGAGGUGGUGGUGAUCGGCGGCGGCCAUGCCGGGACCGAGGCGGCGGCGGCGGCUGCUCGCGGCGGGGCCCGCACGCUGCUGCUCACGCACAAGAUCGGCACCAUCGGCCAGCUGUCCUGCAACCCGUCCUUCGGCGGCAUCGGCAAGGGGCACCUCGUCAGGGAGGUGGACGCCCUGGACGGCUUGUGCGGCCGGGUGUGCGACCUGGCCGGCGUGCACUACAAAGUGCUCAACCGCUGCAAGGGGCCGGCCGUCUGGGGGCUGCGGGCGCAGGUGGACCGCGGCCUCUACAGGGACAACAUGCGGAAAGAAAUCCUUAACACACCACUGUUGACAGUUCAUGAGGCAUCUGUGGAAGAUCUUCUCUUGACAGAACCAGAACCAGACCAUCCUGGGAAGUGCCGAGUCAGAGGAGUCGUUCUGGGGGAUGGGAGCACAGUGCACGCGGGGAGUGUCAUCCUGACCACGGGCACGUUUCUGAGGGGCAUGAUCCACGUUGGACUGGAGAAGCAUCCAGCUGGGCGCCUAGGGGAUCAGCCAUCUGUCGGGCUGGCGCAGACACUGGAGCGACUGGGAUUUGCCGUGGGCAGGCUGAAGACUGGGACACCGCCCCGGCUUGCCAAGGACACGAUUGACUUCAGUGGCCUGGAGGAACGUACAGCUGACAAUCCCCCUGUGCCGUUCAGCUUCCUCAGCAAGGCUGUGUGGAUCAAGCCAGAAGAUCAGCUGUCAUGCUACCUGACUUACACUAACCUGAAAGCUCAGCAAAUUGUUCAAGAUAACCUCCACCUGAACAACCAUGUGAGGGAGACAACAAGGGGUCCCCGAUACUGUCCCUCUUUGGAAGCAAAGGUUCUGCGCUUCCCAAACCGUGAGCAUCAGGUGUGGCUGGAGCCUGAAGGCUUGGAGUCCAACGUCAUUUACCCCCAAGGCCUCUCAAUGACACUGCCGCCUGAGCUCCAGGAGCAGGUGAUCAAAUCUAUCCGAGGCUUGGAAAAAGCCAAGAUGUUACAGCCAGGCUAUGGAGUGCAGUAUGAUUAUUUAGAUCCCCGUCAGCUGACUGCUUCUCUCGAGUCCCGUCUUGUUCAGCGACUCUUCUUUGCAGGCCAGAUAAAUGGCACUACAGGCUAUGAAGAAGCUGCAGCUCAGGGUGUGAUUGCUGGGAUCAACGCAUGCCUCCGGGUUCGUGGCAAGCCCCCUUUCAUUGUCAGUCGCACAGAGGGCUACAUCGGUGUCCUGAUCGAUGACCUUACCACGCUGGGCACCAACGAGCCGUACCGCAUGUUCACCAGCCGCGUGGAGUUCCGCAUGUCCCUCAGGCCGGACAACGCCGACGCCAGGCUUACCCUCAGAGGUUUUGAGGAAGCUGGGUGUGUGUCACAGCAGCGAUACGAACAAACAGUUAAGAUGAAGGCUGCUUUAGAGGAUGGAAUUGCAACACUGAAAUCCCUUCAGUUCAGUAUAUCCAAAUGGUCCCAGCUAAUACCAGAAGUUCACCUGAGUAGCAAUCGAAGGUCACCUGUGAGUGCCUUUGACAUGCUUCAAUAUCCAGAGGCCAACAUGGAGAAUCUGGCAAGGGCUAUCCCCAAACCCCUGAGCAAGUUUGCUGAAUGGAGAGAACUGUCAGAGAGAUUGAAAAUAGAAGCUGCUUAUGAGUGGUGUGUAGUCAACCAACAGCAGGAAAUAGAAGAAGUGCGUCGAGAUGAAGCCCUCCAACUGCCGGAGGACCUGGAUUACUUUGCUAUUGAUGCAUCACUGUCAACAGAGGUGCGGGAGAAACUAAGCUCUAACCGUCCCCAGACGAUUGGUGCAGUCAGCCGCAUCCCUGGAAUUACCCCAGCAGCUAUUGUUAACCUGCUAAGAUUUGUGAAAAACAAACACCAGAAGGCAGAGAAGCUAAAAGCUUUUCCUCAGACUGAUAAGUGUUUACCAGAGAAAAUGUACUCGGAGAAAGCAGCUUCCCAAACACAGAUUUCAGCAGAGCUUUCUGAAGAGGAGCUGGAGAGUACUUUUGUUAAAACACCUUUGUGAGAAGUAUUCACCUGCUGCUAGAGUACAUGGCAAGAUCACCUGUGCUGACCUUAGCAUCGUCACAGAGAAAAAUGAUGUUGGUUGGAGCCAACAAGACACAGGAAUUGCCUUUAAAGCUCUGCUUCUAUAGAAGUUGUCAGAUCAUCAAAACCUGUCGUAAAGCAUCUUGGAAAUGACUGCAUUUUGCUCUUUUGGAAGGAAGAAAUGUUACCGAGUUUGAACCCACAGUAGCACAAGAGGAUUUGAGCUGGAAAGUGCUCCAAUGACUGGUACUGGUGCUUAGAGCUGUGCAGUGGCUACUGCCUGAUGGUUUAGUGUGAUGUUAGCCAACGGGAAACUUUUGGCUAGGAACAUGUGUGCCAUACAAAAAUCUGUGUAGGAGGACAGCUGAAUGUAAACACUGUAUCAUGCUUUUUUUUUUUUUUUUUUUUUUUCUUGUUCUCCUUUAAAAUAAAUAAAGCUUGUCUUGAAACGUGCUGAA